CCCGGGAAGUGCUCGGCCAGCGACCGAGCGGCAGGGACGGCGGUCGGCGCACUCACUUCCGUGUCCCGCCGCCCUUCGGCCCGUGCGCGCCCAGCCACCGCCGCCAUCGGACAAUAGGCCGUCCGCCCCGGCUGCGGGGAACUUCCUGCCGCGUCCCGGGCGGCCCGUGCGCCGCAGACCGCGCUCCCUCCUGGCGCGGGCCAGGAUUACAGCUCCGGGGCAGCCGCCAGCGAAGCCGCGGGGACCGAGCGCCCGGGACGUGCCUGCGACUCUGGCCGCCGCGCGUUUGCUCCGGCGGGACGCGUCGGCGGCCUCUACACUUUCCGGCGGAGCCGGCUUCACCCCUGCUCCGUACACCGGCAGCUGCCUUGUGGGUUUCCGAGUUGGGUUGCUUAAAGAGGAUGUGAUUUUUUUUUUCUUUUCUUUUUUCUUUUAUGAUUUGAAAAAGAGAAAAGAACCGCACAGCAAGCUGGGACAGCGAAGCGCCACCAUCUGCCCCCACGUGGACACCUCCAAGGGGAAAGGGAGUUGGAAGCCAACUUGGUCCAGCUGGCCUUGCGGCCUCAACUUCGGCUAGACUCUAAGGCCCGGGGUCAUGACUCUCACGCUGGGCAGGUGGAAGGCUUUACUUCUCCUGGGCUGGACUUGAGCCCCCCGUCCUUCUCCAGCAUUACCCCCUCCUCCCGUCCAAACACACGCAUCCACACUACCCUGCGCCUUGGUCUACGCCCCCUCACCGGUUGGCGACAUGGAUAAGUACGACGACCUGGGCUUGGAGGCCAGUAAAUUCAUCGAGGACCUGAACAUGUAUGAGGCCUCCAAGGAUGGACUCUUCCGAGUGGACAAGGGUGCAGGCAACAACCCGGAGUUUGAGGAAACACGCAGGGUGUUUGCCACCAAGAUGGCCAAAAUCCACCUCCAGCAGCAGCAACAGCUCCUGCAGGACGAGUCGCUGCCCAGGGGGAGCCGAGGCCCGGUCAAUGGUGGAGGCCGCCAAGGCCCACAGGCCCACCGGGAGGUUGGUGCUGGCAGCAAGCUGACCAUGGAUGGUGCUGCCAAGCCCCCUCUGGCUGCCUCGACAGCAGCUCCUGGGACAGCCACCGCCAUCACUGCUGGGCAACCCUUGUACCCACCCCAGGAGCAGAGGGCCAGGCAGUAUGUCCAUGGCACAAGGCCUGGCAGCCAGAACUGUGGUUCCAAGGAAAACAUGGCAGGUUCUGAGAUGUCUACUUUCCCCCGGCUGGGCCCCUGCGAGGAUCCUUCCUGCCUCACCCAUGGAGACUAUUAUGACAACCUCCCCUUGGCAAGCCCGAAGUGGGGUGAAGGGCCAGGAGUGUCCUCCGGCAUCAGGCUGGGUGUAGGGAGUGGGUGGCCUGGCCCCCCAGGAAGUGAUCCACCACUGCCCAGACCUUCCAGGGACCAUCACCUGUACCAGCCUCAGCUCUCCCCGAGUUCCAGCAAGUCAUUCGAGAGUGGCCAGGAUGGUGGUGGUUGUGGCCGCAGCAGUGAGAACCCAGCAGGUCUUUGGACCACUGCCUCUUCCCAGCGGGUGAGCCCUGGCCUUCCUUCCCCAGGCCUGGAGAACGGGGCCCACCUGGGGCCCGCUCAGCCCAGGACCCCCUCUUUCUCAGCACCACUGGCCCUGAGCUGCUCCAGUCAAGGAGCUCUGCCAAGAACAAACUCGGGGGUGGGGAGUGAGGUCUCAGGCAUAAUGCCCAAACCAAAUGUGGACCCUCAACUCUGGUUCCAGGAUAGCCCCAAACCUUACCUUUCUAGUUCUGGCCCAUCAUCCUUACCGGCCAGCAUGGACAGUUUGCAGCUGGGUGCGGCCCCUGGCCUGGGUCCCAAGCCUGGCUGUACUGACCCUGGCAUUGGUCCCAAGCUCAGCCCCACCAGCCGUGUCCAUCCAGUGAUGUCCACCCUGCCUGAGUUAUCUUGUAAAGAAGGUCCCCCUGGCUGGUCCCCUGAUGGCAGCCUGGGGCCUGUGCUCCCAGAGAGCCCCAGCACCCACAGAGUGAAGCUGCCCUGCCAGACCCUCAUCCCGGGCCCUGAGGUUGGGCCCUCGGCCGCCGAACUGAAGUUAGAAGCCCUCACCCAACGUCUGGAGCGUGAGAUGGACACUCACCCGAAGGCCGAUUACUUUGGUACCUGUGUGAAAUGCAGCAAAGGUGUAUUUGGGGCCGGCCAGGCCUGCCAGGCCAUGGGGAACCUCUACCACGAUGCCUGCUUCACCUGUGCAGCCUGCAGCCGGAAGCUGAGAGGAAAAGCCUUUUAUUUUGUCAAUGGCAAAGUGUUUUGUGAGGAAGACUUCCUGUACUCUGGCUUCCAGCAGUCUGCUGACCGGUGUUUUCUUUGUGGCCAUCUGAUCAUGGACAUGAUCCUGCAGGCCCUGGGGAAGUCCUACCACCCUGGCUGUUUCCGCUGUGUCAUCUGUAACGAGUGUUUGGACGGGGUGCCCUUCACCGUGGACUCAGAGAACAAGAUUUACUGUGUCCGAGAUUACCACAAGGUGUUGGCCCCCAAGUGUGCAGCCUGUGGGCUUCCCAUCCUUCCACCUGAGGGUUCAGAUGAGACCAUCCGUGUGGUGUCCAUGGACAGAGACUACCAUGUGGAAUGUUACCACUGCGAGGACUGCGGUCUGGAGCUCAAUGAUGAAGACGGCCACCGCUGUUACCCGCUGGAGGACCAUCUGUUCUGUCACUCCUGCCAUGUCAAGAGGCUGGAGAAGGGCCCCUCAUCGCCAGCGCUUCACCAGCACCACUUCUAGCCAGAGCCUCUUACAGACAUCCUGACAGGGAUGAAAAGCCACGGUUGCAUAAUGAGAAACCCAUGAGGGGUCUCUGGUGUAGAAUUGGGGGAGAGGGGUGCUUACGCGUAUGUGUUGGGUGCCUUUCCUUGCUCCAGCGAGGUGAACCCUACCUGU